CCUUUCAACACGUCACUCAGGCCGCGGGAUUUCGAGCAUUUCUCUCGCGAGAUCUUCUCUGUGGCGGAGACCCCCAGGCAUACAGAACGAUGGAAUAUAUGACAGAAUCCACCGACCGCAGCCCUGGACACAUCUUGUGCUGUGAGUGUGGUGUUCCGAUAAGUCCAAAUCCUGCCAAUAUUUGUGUGGCCUGUUUGCGAAGUAAAGUGGACAUCAGCCAAGGUAUUCCGAAACAAGUCUCGAUUUCGUUCUGCAAACAAUGUCAAAGGUAUUUUCAGCCACCAGGAACUUGGAUACAGUGCGCUUUAGAAUCCAGGGAACUUCUUGCUUUGUGCUUGAAAAAAAUCAAAACCCCUCUGAGUAAGGUACGGCUUGUAGAUGCAGGCUUUGUUUGGACUGAGCCUCAUUCUAAGAGACUUAAAGUUAAACUGACUAUUCAGAAAGAGGUGAUGAAUGGUGCUAUCCUUCAACAAGUGUUUGUGGUGGAUUAUGUUGUUCAGUCCCAAAUGUGUGGAGAUUGCCAUAGAGUAGAAGCUAAGGAUUUCUGGAAGGCUGUGAUUCAAGUGAGGCAAAAGACUUUGCAUAAAAAAACUUUCUACUAUCUGGAACAGUUAAUUCUGAAAUAUGGAAUGCAUCAGAAUACACUUCGUAUCAAAGAGAUUCAUGACGGUCUGGAUUUUUAUUAUUCCUCAAAACAACAUGCUCAGAAGAUGGUCGAAUUUCUUCAGUGUACAGUUCCCUGUAGAUACAAAGCAUCACAAAGACUGAUCUCUCAAGAUAUCCAUAGUAACACAUACAAUUACAAAAGCACUUUUUCCGUGGAAAUUGUUCCAAUAUGCAAGGAUAAUGUUGUCUGUCUGUCUCCAAAGCUGGCACAAAGCCUGGGAAAUAUGAACCAGAUUUGUGUGUGUAUUCGAGUAACCAGUGCCAUUCACCUCAUUGAUCCAAACACUCUACAAGUUGCAGAUAUUGAUGGGAGCACUUUCUGGAGUCACCCUUUCAAUAGUUUAUGUCAUCCCAAACAGCUAGAGGAGUUUAUUGUGAGGGAAUGCAGCAUAGUCCGAGAUAUAAAACGUGCUGCAGGUGCUGGAAUGAUAUCAAAAAAGCAUACCCUUGGGGAAGUCUGGGUACAGAAGACAUCUGAAAUGAAUACAGAUAAACAGUAUUUUUGUCGUACUCAUUUGGGACAUCUUCUAAAUCCCGGAGACCUGGUGUUAGGGUUUGAUUUGGCCAACUGUAACUUAAAUGAUGAGCAUGUCAACAAAAUGAACUCAGAUAGAGUUCCAGAUGUGGUAUUAAUCAAGAAGAGCUAUGACCGGACUAAACGUCAGCGUCGUAGAAACUGGAAAUUGAAAGAGCUUGCAAGAGAGAGAGAAAACAUGGAUACAGAUGAUGAAAGGCAAUACCAAGAUUUUCUUGAAGAUCUUGAAGAAGAUGAGGCAAUUAGAAAAAAUGUCAACAUUUACAGAGAUUCAGCCAUCCCUGUGGAAAGUGACACAGAUGAUGAAGGAGCACCUCGAAUUAGUCUGGCUGAGAUGCUUGAAGACCUUCAUAUUUCCCAAGAUGCCACUGGUGAAGAAGCCAAAUCUGCACUUGAAGCUGCUGAUUUAGAGUCAAAAGUCACCGAGAGGCCAAGUGUGGUGGUUCACGCCUGUAAUCCCAGCACUUUGGGAGGCUGAGGAGGGCAGAUCACUUCAGGCCAGGAGUUCAAGACCAGCCUGGCCAAAAUAGUGAAACCCUGUCUCUACUAAAAAUGCAAAAAUUAGCCGGGCGUGGUGGUGCACACGUAGUCCCAGCUACUCGGGAUGCUGAGGCAGGAGAAUCACUGGAAUCCAGGAGGUGGAGGUUUCAGUGAGUCGAGAUCUCGCCACUGUACUCCAGCCUGGGCGACUGAGUGAGACUGUCCCCCGACUCCCCUAAUAAAGUCUGAUGAGCAAGAGAAGUUCGGGGUAGAGUUGCUUGUGUAAUUGAGAUGUUUAACAGCAUCAAGCUAAUUCCUUGCCAUAGUAGAACCCAGAAGCUCUGGGCUGUGUGCCAGCAGAUGCCUCCCUGGUCAGUAGUUAGUACCAGAGUUUUCCCUAGAUUCUUUAAUUUUAGUAAAUGUGCUUACAUUGAGUCAAUCCUUACAUAACUGGGUAUGUUAUUUCCAGCCCAAGGCAUGUUUAUUUUUAAAAAUAUUUUUAAUUAUCCAUAAUUUUACAAAAUGUUGCAAGUAUUCCUGGAUACCAUUUACCUAGAUUUGCCAAAUGUAAACAAUUUGCCUCAUUUGCUUUCUUUCCCCUUCUCACUAAUAAUUUUUUCCUCAACAUUUAAGAGUAAGAUGCAGACAUGAUGCUUCUUUAUCCUCUAAAUAUUUCAGCAUUCCCCCCACCCAAAAAACAAGGAAUUCUCAAAUCACAGUGUAGUGAUCGCUAUCGGAAAAUUAACAUGGACACAAAACUGUUAUCUAAUUGAUAGACCAUAUUAAGAUGUCAGUAAUCUCAAUAAAGUCAUUGAUAAAAAUAGUAAAUCUAAGAUUCUGUGUUGUAUUAGGUUCUCAUAUCUCUUCAGUCUUCUUUAAUCUGUACUAGUUCUGAGUGUAAUGUUUUAUGUAAUUGACAUUUUUGAAGAGUCCAAGCCAGUUGUUUUGUAGAGUGACCUCAAUUUGGGUUUGUUUGAUGUUUUCUCAAGAUUAAUUUUAGGUUAUGUCCUUUUGGCAGGGCUAUGCCAGGAGUGAUGCCAAAUUCUCAAUGCAUAGUAUCGGGAAGCGUGUGCUGUUGAUUAGUCCAGAUGUUCCCAAACUUGGUUAUUUGUUGGUUUUCUGUUAUAAGGAAGAGCUAUCUCUUUUUUCAUAUAUUUGCUUAUUCAGUUGUUUUUCAUGUCAUUGUGGACUCUUGAAUUUUUACUUUAAUGCAAUGGGAUCUAGCCCUUUGCAAUAGUUAUAUUUACUUGAUUUUUAAAAAAUUUAUUUUCAAUGUACAGUGAAAUUUCUCUUUGAUGUACAGAUCUAUGACUUUUAACACAUAGAUCAUGUAAUUACCACAGUCCAAUUAUAGAACGGUCCUAUCAUAUCCACCCCAAAAAAAUUCCAUGUUUUUUGUUUUGUUUUGUUUUCAAAUCCUCCCAUCCUUAACCCCUGGUAACUUCUGAUCUGUUUUCUAACUUCAUAGUUUGCUUUUUCCAAAAUAUAUAAAUGAAAUCAUACAGUAUGUAGCCUUUAAGUCUGGUUUCUUUCACUCAGCAUGGUGCACUUGAGAUUCAUCUAAGGUGUUGUGUAAAUCAAAGUGGGUUCCUUUUUGUUACUGAGUAACGCAUUAUCAAUAUCACAGUUUAUUCAUUCCUAUGUUGAGGUAUGUUUGAGUUUCUAGUAUUUGCUGAUUAGUAGUAAAGCUGCUAUGAACAUUUCUGUACAGGCUUUUAUUUUACUUGGGUAAAUAACCAGGAGUGAGAUUGUUGCAUCCUAUACUUAACUUUGUAAAAACCUGUCAAACUGAUUUCCAAAGUGGUUUGUGCCAUUGUGCUUUCCCACCAGCAGUGUAUGAGAUUUUCACUUAUUCUGCAUCCUUGUCAUAUUUUGACAUUGUCAGUUUAAAAAAGCCAUCCAGAUAGGUGGAUGGUAGUGUCUUUUUGUGAUUUUAAUUUGCCUUUCCCUAAUGGCUAAUAAUACUGAACAUCUUUUCAUGUGCUUAUUUGUUACAUGUAUCUUUUUAUCAGUAAAAUGGCUGUUCACAUCUUUCAUCUAUUUUUAAGAAUUGGGUUGUAUUUUAGUUGGGGUUGCUAUAACAGAAUACCAUAGACUAGGUAGCUGAAUAAAAAAGCAAACCUUUUCACAGUUCUGGAGGCUAGGAAGUCAGAUCAGGGUGCUAGCUAGCAUGGUCAGAUUCUGGUGAGAGCCCUCUUCCUGGUUUGUACAUGCAUGGCUGUCUUCUUGCCAUCUUCUCACAUAGCAGAGCGAGAGCCCUCUAGUAUCUCUUAUCUCUUCAUAAGAGCACUCAUCCCAUCAAUAAGGGCUCCACUUAUGACCUAAUUACCUCUUAAAUGACCUACCUCCUAAUGCCAUCACAUUAGGGAUUAGGGUGUCAACAGAUGAAUUUUGGGGCACCAUAAACAUCCAGUCCAUAGCAGGUUGGUUGUUUUCUUGUUUUUUUUUUUUUUAUUUUGAUGUUCAUAUUGUUCCAGACUUGGCCAGUGGGUACCCCUCCAAGCUGGGGCUUACGUCCUUUUGACAGGUGCUUCUCUGUAUUUGAUCUUGUUCUUAUGCUGAUAUAACUUUUUGGGCAGGAUUUGAAUUUUUCUUGUUCAGGCCCCACAUAUAAUCUACUCUUAGAUUAUUUUGCAUCAUGAGGAACCAAUGUACUUAAAAAUAGGGCAGUUUGAGUUGAGUCAUCUGUGAUUUAAGGAAUCAUGAAAUGGCUUCAUAAAAAAACACUGUUGUCAGUGUUACGCAUUCUCAGCUUAUCAGUUCUGUCACAUGUUGAAAUAACUUGAUCAGUGGGGUAGUGAGCCUUGAUGACAGCAAGAAAUCAGUCUAGGUAUCUUUCUGUAUUUCAAAAUAAUGUGAAAAGAAAAUUGAAUUUUAGUUGAUUGACUUCAUACAUUUUGAAAACUGCGUUAUUGUCUAGGGAAGAGACAUGAUUCAGGGUGACAAAACAAGAUCUGUAGUAAUUAAAGGUUAUUUGGAAUAGGUUGGGCAGCCACUAUGUUUCUGUAGCAAUGUUGCUUGUAUUAUCUGAUGGCAAUUUUAUUUUGUUUUUGUUGGAGUCAGCACUGCAGUGGUGCCUAUCACACAUUUUCCUUCUGACACAGUUUCAUAUAAAUAUGGUCUUUAUCACCUGCUUCACAGCGUUUUUGUGAAGUACUUUAAGGUAAAAUAUGUACUAGAACUAGUUUAUUAAGUGCUAGACAAUUCUUGGGAGCUGUAUGAUGGAAAUGAAAAGUUUUGGAAUCAGCUUACCUGUCACUUAUUAGCUAUAUGACUUAAACUUUCUGAACACCUAUUUCUUCAGUUUGUUAAAAGGACAUAAUACUGUUCACUACAUAGAGGAUUGCUAAAAUUCUCAGCAUAGUCAGUAUGCAACAAAUUAAUUCAAUAGUAUCUGCUUUCAAAAUUUAUAAACAGUUUUAGUGUUUAGUAUUUAAACAAGUUGAGAAAUGACUUGUUUCUUGUUGCAUUUUGUAUGCCUACACUUUUUAGAGCAGCAUAGAAUCAUAGAGUUUGUUCUAGAAAAUUCAUAUGGCAUAGGGAACCAUAAAGACAAAUGUAGAAAUUACCCAUAAUCCUACCACAGGGAUUCACUGUUAACAUUUUGUCAUUGUUAACAUUUUGAUAUUUUUCUUUUUUAAUAGGCUUUAUUUUCUAUUUAGUUUUACACUUAACAGAAAAAUUAAGAAAACACUACAGGGAGUUCCCAUAUACUCCAUACCCAGUUUUCCCUAUUGACAUUUUAUAUCAGUAUGAUAUAAAAUAUAAUUAUAUGCUUGUUAUAAUAAGCCAAUAUUGAUACAUUAUUACUAACUAAAGUCCAUAUGUUUAGAGUUCUUAGUUAUCUGAUUUUCUUUUCCAGGGCGUACCACAUUGCAUUUAGUUGUCAUGUUUCCUUAUGCUCCUCUUGGUAGUGGCAGUUUCUCAGAUUUCCUUUGUUUUUGAUGAUCUUAACAGUUUUGAGGAAUACUGCUCAGUUAUUUUAUAGGAUGCCCUGCUAUUGGAAUUUGUCUGAUGUUUUUCUCAUGAUAAGACUGGGGUUAUAGGUUAUUGGGAGAAAAACCGCAGAGGCAAAGUGCCAUUUUCAUGACAUAAUUUCAAUGGUGCUUAGUAUCAAUAUGAUUUCUCACUGUUGAUGUUGACCUUGAUGACCUGACUGAGGUAGAGUUUGUCAGAUUUCUCCACUGUAAAGUUACUCUUUUUUCCCCCUUUCCUUACUGUACACUUUGGAAGGAAGUCACUGCACAGCCCACGCCUAAGAGGUAGUGAGUUACACUGCCCCUCCUUAAGCAUGGGAUAUCUCCGUAAAUUAUUUAGAAUUCUCCUGGAUGGGAGAUUUGUCUCUUUUUAAUUUACUAAUUAUUUCAAUCAUGUUUAGCCAUGUGGAGUCAUGAAUAUUUAUUUUAUACUUGGUCUUAUAAUCUGAUACUAUUUUAAUUAUUUUGUUCGAAUUGUUCUAGCUUUGGCCAUUGGGAGCUCUUUCAGUUGUCUCCUUUGGGUAUAUGGUCCUUUGACAAACCCCCAUCAUUGUGUUGUGGUGUGUGUGUGUUUGAGCAUUUCCUUACAUUCUGGUACUAUAAGGUGUUACAGACUCAUCUUGUAUAUUUAUUGCCCUAGAAUUGGUCAUUUUUUUCAAGGAGCUCUGGUUUUAUUUAUUGGAGAAUGGUUUUAAAAACCAACAUCUAGGUGCUAGGUAUGCUUGCUGCUACUGAAGUCAUUUCAUUUAGUUCCUCUCAGCUGACAGAGUAAAAAAAAUGCUGUUUUACUAACCUAUGUAUUUUUAUGUAUUUAUAAAUACUUCUAUAUGUACCAAAUGUAUCUACAUUAAAGUACACAUGAAGUCGUACUGAUGUCUCCAAUUAUAAUUAAUUACUGCAUGAGUCAGUCUAGCUUUCUGUCCUUGUUUAUCUGUGAACUCCCAUUCCAACAGUGUAAAACCUGAUUUCCACCAUCUGCCAUCCAUUUACUUAAUUAUUACAUUCCAGUAUACAAGUAUAGUAGUACAAGAAUUAUUAACCUGCAUCCUGUAAAAAAUAACUUUAUUAACUACAGUAAAUGUUUUAUGUGCAGUUCCCUUUUGCCCUGAGUCUUUCAGACUGUACUCAUUUCCAGAGUUAUUUCGGUCAGCACCUUUAGUGCAAUUGUUUCAUGUACUUGUAAAAGAGCUAGUCUUAUCAUAGUCUUCAUUUCUUCCUGGGAUAACCUGACCUCCUAAAUGACUUUUUAAAAUUUACUUUUUGUGUUGUAAAUUUUUACGGUUUUGACAGAUGGGUAAUGUCUUGUAUCUGCAUUACAGUAUUAGACAGAAUUUUACUGCCCUAAAAAUCACCUGUGUUUCCCCUAUUCAUCCUAAACCCUAAACUCUUAGCAACCACUAAUCAUUUUACUGUCUCUAUAGUUUUGCCUUUUUCAGAAUGUUGUAUAAUUGGAAUCAUACAGCAUGUAGCUUUUCAUACUGGCUUCUUUAACUUAGCAAUGCGUUUUUAAUGUUGUAUGUAUUUUAGCUCAUUUCUUUUUAUUUGCUGAAUUAUAUUCUAUAGUAUGGAUGUACCACAGUUUGUUUAUCCAUUCAUCUACUGAAAGACAUCUUGAGUACUUCCAGCUGUUGGUGAUUAUGAAUAAAGUUGCUAUAAACAUUCAUGGUCAGGUUUUUCUGUGAACUUAGGUUUUAAAAUUAAUUGGAUAAACACCUAGAAUCAUGAUUGCUGGAUCUUAUGGUAAGAUUGUUUAGCUUUGGAAGACGCUACCAAACUGUCUUCCAAAGUGGCUGUAUCCUUUUGCAUUACCACUUUGAAUGAAUGAGUGUUCCUGUUGCUCUGCAUCCUUGUCAGCAUUUGGUAGUGUAAGUUGUUUAUACAUUUUAGCCAUUCAAAUAGGUGUACAGUAGUAUCUCAUUGCUGUUUUCAUUUGCGGUUCCCCGAUGACAACUGAUGACAAACAUCUUUUCAUAUGCUUAUUUGCCACCUGUAUACCUUGGCGAUGUGUUGGUUCAGAUUUUUGCCUAUUUUUGAAUUGGGUUGUUUUCUUGUUGUUUUAAGAUGUGUAUUUUAGAUGAUAGUCCUUUGUUAAUAUGUAUUUUACAACGAUUUUCUCCCAGUCUGUGGCUUGCCAUAUAUAUAUAUAUAUAUAUAUAUAUAUAUAUAUAUAUAUAUAUGGGCUGGGUGCAGUGGCUCAUGCCUGUAAUCCUAGCACUUCGAGAGGCCAAGGUGUGUGGAUCACCUGAGGUCAGGAGUUUGAGACCAGUCUGGCCAACAUAGCAAAACCCCGUCUCUACUAAAAAUAGAAAAAUCAGCCAGGUGUGAUGGAGGGUGCCUUUAACCCCAGGUACUCAGGAGGCUGAGGCAGGAGAAUUGCUUGAACCUGGCGGGUGGAGGUUGCAGUGAGCUGAGAUUGCAUCACUUCACUCCAGCCUGGGCAGAAGAGUGAGACUCUGUCUCAAAAAAAAUUAAUAAAAAAUAAAAUAAUACCAAUAUAUAUGAAAAUAAUUUAUGUAUGUGAGUUAUUUAUAUGUAAUAUAUAUAACUUACAGAUGAUUAGUGGUGAGAUCAUACUGUAUAUAUAGUUUUUGUGCCGCCUUUAUUAUUAUAAAAUAAGCCCUUUCAAAGCCAUUAACAAUUCUUUGUAAAUAUAUUUAAUAAAACAAUAUUCCACUAGUAGAUUACAGAAUAUUCCCAAUUCAUCACUCUGCCCUGUGUCUAUGCCUUUUAUCCUAUAACUUAUAGUAGGAUCAAAUAAAUAUUUAAGGCUUUAGAGGUUAUAUGGUCUCUAUCACAACUACUCAGCUCUCCUGUUGUGGCGUGAAAGGGCCAUAGACAAUGUGUAAAUGAGAAUGGCUGUGUCCUAAUAAAACAUUAUUUUAAAAAACAGCAGGCCUGCUGACCCUGAUGUCACUUUAUUUUUUGUUUUUAAUUUUUAAUUCUUAUCUGUGGGUAUAUAAUUGGUAUAUAUAUUUAUGGAGUAUAUGAGAUAUUUUGAUAUGGACAUACAAUGUAUAAAAAUCACAUGGGGGUAAGUGGGAUAUCCAUCACAUCAAGCAUUUAUCCUUUUUACAAACAAUCCAAUUAUACUCUUGAUUUUUUUUCUUAUUUCACUUUAAGUAUCUUGGUUGUUUUAAAAUGUACAAUUAUUAUUGGCUAUAGUCACCCUGUUAUGCUAUCAAAUACUACAUCUUAUUCUCUUUUUUUGUACCCAUUAAAACCAUCCCCACUUCCCCUAAACCUUCCCCACUACCCUUCCCAGCCUUUGGUAACCAUCAUUCUACUCUCUAUAUCUGUGAGUUCAAUGGUUUUAAUUUUUAGCUCCCACAAAUAAGUGAGAACAUGUGAAGUGUGUCUUUCUGUGCCUAACUUAUUUCACUUAACAUAGUGAUCUCCAGCUUCCUCCAUGUUGUUGCAAAUGACAGGAUCUCAUCCUUUUUUAUGGCUGAAGAGUACUCCAUUGUGUAUGAGUGCCACAUUUUCUCUAUCCAUUCAUCUGUUGAUGGACACUUAGGUUGUUUCCAAAUCUUGGCUAUUGUAAAUAGUGCUGCAGUAAACAUGAGAAUGCAGAUAUCCCUUCAAUAUACUGAUUUCCUUUCUUUUGGGUAUAUAGCUAGCAGUGGGAUUAUGGGAUCAAAUGAUAGCUCUGUUUUUAAUUUUUUGAGGAACCAUAGUGAUUGUACUAAUUUACAUGCCCAACAACAGUGUAUGAGGGUUCCCUUUUCUCCACAUCCUUGCCAGCAUUUGUUAUUGCCUGUCUUUUGGAAAAAAAGCUAUUUUAACUGGAGUGAGAUAAUAUCUGAUUGUAGUUUUGAUUUGCAUUUCUCUGAUAAUCAGUGAUGUUGAGCACCUUUUCACCUGCUUGCCAUUUGUAUAUGAAAUGUAUAUUGAGAAAUGUCUAUUCAAAUCUUUUGCCCAUACUUUGAUUGGAUUAUUAUAUUUUUUCCUAUAGAGUUGUUUGAGCUCCUUAUGUAUUCUAGUUCUUAAUUCCAGAAGGAUAGUUUGCAAAUAUGUUCUUCCAUUCUGUGGGUUGUGUCUUCACUUUGUUGUUUUCUUUGCUGUGCAGAAGCUUUUUAAUUUGAUGUGAUCUUAUUUAUCCAUUUUUGUUUUGGUUGCCUUUACUUGUGAGGUAUUACUCAAGAAAUCUUUGCUGAGACCAAUCUCCUGGAGAGAUUCUCCCAUGUUUUCUCUUAUUAGUUUCAUAGUUUGAGGUCUUAGAUUUAAGUAUUCAAUUCAUUUUUUUGAUUUUUGUAUGUGGUAGGGGAUGGGUCUAAUUUCAUUCUUCUGCAUAUUGAUAAUCCAGUUUUCCCAGCACCAUUUAUUGAAGAGACUGUCCUUUCCCCAAUGUAUGUGCUUGGCAUCUUUGUCAAAAAUGAGCUCAUGGCAGAUAUAUGGAUUUGUUUCUGGGUUCUCUUCUGUUUUAUUUGUCUGUGUCUAUUUUUAUGCCGGUACCAUGCUGUUUUGGUUACUAUAGCUCUGUAGUAUAAUUUAAAGUCAGGUAAUGUGAUUCCUCCAAUUUUCUUCUUUUUGCUUCAGAUAGCUUUGGCUACUCUGGGUCUUUUGUGGUUUCAUGUAAAUUUCCGGAUUUUUUUUUUCCAUUUCUGUGAAGAAUAUCAUUGAUACUUUGAUAGGGAUUGCAUUGAAUCUGUAAAUUGCUUUGGGUAGUAUAGACAUUUUAACAAUAUUGAUUCUUUUAAUUAAUGAACAUGGGAUAUCUAUUUUUUUGUGUCCUCUUCAAUUUACAAAGUACGUCAACUUUUUAUAGUUUUCAUUGUAGAGAUCUUUCACUUUGUUUAAUUCCUAGGUAUUUAAUUUUAUUUGUAGCUAUUGUAAAUGAAAUUACUUUAUUGAUUUCCUUUUCAGAUUGCUUAUUGUUGGCUUAUAGAAGUGCUACUGAUUUUUAUAUGUUGAUUUUGUAUCUUACAACUUUAGUGAAUUUGUUUGUUCUAAUAGUUUUUUGGUGGUCUUUAGGUUUUUCCAAUUAAAAUAUCAUAUCAUUGGCAAACAAGGAUAAUUUGACUUCUUUCUUUCCAAUUUGGAUGUCCUUUAUUUCUUUCUCUUGCCUGAUUGCUCCAGCUAGGACUUCCAGUGCUAUGAUGGAUAACAGUGGUGAAAGUGAGCAUCCUUGUUGUGUUUCAGAUCCUAGAGGAAAGGAAGGCUUUCAGUUUUUUCCCAUUCAGCAUGAUACUAGUGGUGAGUCUAUCAUAUAUGGCUUUUAUUAUGUUGAGGUGUGUUCUUUCUAUACUCAAUUUUUUUUAGGGUUUUUAUCCUGAACAGAUGUUAAGUUUUAUCAAAUGCUUGUUUUAGCAUCAAUUUAAAUGAUCAUUUGUUUUUGUCCUUCAUUCUGUUAACAUGGUGUAUCACGUUGAUUGAUUUGCGUAUGUUGAACUAUUUUUGCAGCCCUGGGAUAAAUUUCACUUGGUCAUGAUGAAUGAUCUUUUUCAUAUGUUGUUGAAUUUUGUUUGCUAAUAUUUUGUUGAGGAUUUUUACAUCAAUAUUUAUCAGCGAUGCUGGCCUAUAGUUUUUUUUUUUUUUCUUUUUAUGUGUGUCUGGUUUUGGCAUCAGAAUAAUAAUGACCUCAUAGGAUCAGUCUGGAAGUAUUCCCUCCUGCUUUAUUUUUUAGAAUAGUUUGAGUAGGAUUGGUAUUAGUUCUUCCUUAAAUGUGUGCUAGAAUUCAGCAGUGAAGCCAUCAGGUCCCAGGCUUUUCUUUGCUGGGAGACUUUUUGGCUUUGAUCUUGUUAUUUUUUAUUUGUUCAGAUUUUGGAUUUCUUCAUGGUUCAAUCUUGCUAGGUUUUAUGUGUCUAGGAAUAUAUCCAUUUCUUCUAGGUUUUCCCAUUUAUUGGCACAUACUUGUUCAUUGUAGUCUCUAAUGAUCCUUCUAAUUUCUGCAAUAUUGGUUAUAAUGUCUCCUUUUCCAUCUCUGAUUUUAUUUAUUUGGGUCUUCUUUUUUUUUUCAUAGUCUGGCUAAAAGGUCACCAAUUUUGUUUAUCUUUUCAGAAAAACCAACCUUUUGUUGAUCUUUUGUAUUUAAUUUCAAUUUCAUUUAUAUCUGCUCUGAUCUUUAUUAUUUCUUUUCUUCUACUAAUUUUUGGUUUGGUUUGGUCUUGCGUUUCUAGUUCUUUAAGAUGCAUUGUUAGAUUGUUUUUUUCUGAUGUCACUUUGUAGUGCCCGUUUACUUUUAUUCUGACCUUUGGAGGUUAGGAUGAGGUGCAGGUUCUGAGCCUGAGCCUCUGAAAGAUUGCAUGUUUCCUCUCGGGCCUCUGCCAUUGCUGUGAGAACAUGUUUAGUUAAAUCUGUUAGAGGAAAUGAGGGAGAACAAACCCAGGUUGCCGUAGCUGAAGCCAGCUAACCCUCAGACAGGUGAGCAAGCACAGCUAAAAUCAGCAGAGCUGCCUAGCCAAACCUCAACUCACCCCAGACACAUGAGCAAUAAAUUUGUAUGCCCCUGAGGAUUUGUGGUUGAUACAGAGCAUUGUUGUGACAUUAGACAAUUAAUAUUCUGACAUACCAACACUGAAUUAACAAUUUUUGUGCCUGGGCAUUUCUAGGUUUUUUCUUUUUCUUUUUUCCUGUAAAAAUUUGUUUCAUUUCUCAUUUUCUCAGAAUAUAUAUGUAAGAAUGAAUUUACUGUGUCAAAGAGCAUAUAAGACUCUCAGUACAUAGAAAAAUCCUUUUCAGAAAAGUUGUACCUACCAUGUAAUGCAGUUUAUGAGAUUGUCUCUUUUACAAUCUUACUGUUCUUGAUGUUUGGCAUGUUUUCUCUUUUAAUGUUUUCUAGGCUCACUUCAGGUGAAGCCCAGUCUAUAGUGAUCUGUUAGAUGAACUUCUGUAGCAGUUACAAUCUGUCCUACAUGGUUAGUUUUUAUAAACCUCCUGAGUUAUUGUCAUUACCAUUUUUAUAUGUAUGUCUUUCUCUCCAACUAGGCUAUAUAUUUCCUUAGGGCAGCACAAAUAUAGCACAAUGCAUAGGUCCUCAAGUAUGUAGUUAGUAGUACAAUCUGAUUUGAGCUACAUUUUGAAAAAUGAGUGGUCUUUUUGGUUGGGUGUUGCUUUGCUUUAAAUAACUCCUUGAGAGUCCACUCAUGAAGCAAGAAGUCAAGCAGAUUUUUAAGGCUUUGGAGAGGUGGUAAAUAGAACUUGUAGAGAGAGCUGUCCGUAUUGGUCAAGACUUCAUUUUGUUGAUAGAAGCCAAAUCUGCAUCUAAUCCUAUACAUUGUUAAAUUUUAUAUGAGUAGUGCUGUGUCCGGAGUUGAUUCCUUCUGGUGGGUUUGUGGUCUCGCUGACUUCAAGAAUGGAGCCACGGACCUUCGCAGUGAGUGUUACGGCUCUUAAAGAUGGCAUAGACCCAAAAAGUGAGCAAGAUUUAUUGUGAAGAGCAAAAGAACAAACCUUCCACAGCCUGGAAGGGGACCUGAGUGGGUUCCAGCUGCUGGCUGAGGUGGCCAGCUUUUAUUCGUGUAAUUCACUCCUCCCAUGUCGUUUCUGUCCUACCAGAAUGCCCUUUUCUCAAUCCUUGCGAUUGGUUACUUUUAGAAUGUUGCUCAUUGGUCCAUUUUCCAGAGUGCUGAUUGGUCCAUUUUCCAGAGUGCUGAUUGGUCCAUUUUACAGAGCAUUGAUUGGUGCAUUUUACAAACCUCUUGCUAGCUACAGAGCACUGAUUGGUGCGUUUUACAAUCCUAGCUACAGAGUGCUGAUUGGUGCGUUUUACAAUCCUCUUGUAAGACAGAAAAGUUCUCCAAGUCCCCACUGGACCCAGGAAGUCCAGCUAGCUUCACCUCUCAGUGCUAAUUAGUCAACCACAGAAAUCUGAUAUUGUAGUAUUAGCACAGACUAUUCAGUUUUAACACACAGUAAAUUAUUUUCUUCCUCCAGAGAACUUUAUUGUGUAUAAUGUCACAUAUGUUACUUAUAAAUAAUCCUGUGGACAGACAACCACAAAUGACCUAUACAGAGAAGAAAAACUAUUGGGAAAUAUUCAAGAACUAGAAAAUAUGUCUGGUAGUUUUCCUGUGUUUAUGGAUUUGGACCAGAAUAAUGCUAAUGGGCUGACUACUCAAUAAAGUACAAGAUAAAUCAGUGUACAUGUGGAUUCAAGAGUGUUGUAUACUAAGAGAGUGCUGUAGAAGUCCCCGUGGAAUGUUACUAGAUUCCUGGGAUGAUGAUACUGAAUAAUCUGGAAUGUGGCAUUCUUUGUCUCAAAGAGAGUCUUUAAAAAAAAUCUGUGUUCUGAUGGUAGAGUUCCAAUUUUGGCAUUUUGCCUUCUGUGAUAAUAGAUAGACUUUGACUCUAGGUAAAUGUGUGAUGGAGCAAAAGUUCGUUUGGGGUUGUUCCACUUACCCCUUACUCUUUGCCCUCCCUAGUCAUGUUUGUCCUCUUUUCUUUCUUUAUAGGAAAUGGCCUGGUACUCAUAGGAAUAAAUAAAUAGUUAUGGAUUAAAAUAUUAUUCUUGAGAGUAUUUUCAUCUUUGUCAGGGAACAAACAUGCUUAUUUGUACUUGAGUUCUUGUCCUUCUACCAUCAUCACUGGAAAAACAUUUCUGGGUAGUCACUGCCUCCCCAGACUGGACUCAGGAUGGAACUUUUGAAGCAGUGUUACCUACCCCAAACAACUCAAACCCGUAAGUAUGAGAAUAAAUUAUUAUUAUUUUAAGCCACUGAGUUUUGGGGGUGGUUUCUUAGGCAGCAUUAUUGGCAAUAGCUAACUGAUACUCUCUACAUCUUUAAAAUUCAUUUCACUGUGCAACUUCUGAUGGGUAAUGCUUGCUCUGAUUGUAGAAGUAGGGCAACGCUCUUUCCCCAAACACUUACUAGGGUUAAAGUUCAGAUAAUAGUAGAUGUACCCCUAUCGAUUCUUUUAAAGUAGCUUGACUUUUUCUGCUAGUGUUGUCUUGAGUGGGUUAGUUAACCCCCAUACAUUAUUUCUACACAUUACAGGUUUUACUGGUUUUAAUAGUACUCUGGAAGGUGGCUUGGAGUGGAGGAGUGAUAUGGUUUGGGUCUGUGUCCCCACCCAAAUCUCAUGUUGAAUUGUAAUUCCUGAUGUUGGGGAAGGGACAUGGAAGGAGGUAAUUGGAUCAUGGGGGAAUGGUUUUCCCUAUGCUGUUCUUGUGAUAGUAAGUGAGUUCUCAUGAGAUCUGAUGGUUUUAUAAGUGUUUGGCUCCUCCCCCACCCCCCUUCUGCCACCAUGUAAAGAAGGUGCUUGCUUUCCCGUCGCCUUCUGCCAUGAUUGUAAAUUUCCUGAGGUCUUCCAGUCAUGCUUCCUGUUAAGCCUGUGAAACUAUGAGUCAAUUAAACUUCUUUUCUUCAUAAAUUA